AUGGCCAGCUCCGGAGAGGACACAUCCAACGAUGACGACAUGCCCCCUGCAGCAGCCGCCAUGGCAGUGGGCGCCCACCUUCUCGGCUUCUCGGAUGAGAUCCUGCUGCACAUCCUGAGCCACGUCCCCAGCACAGACCUGGUUCUGAAUGUCCGGCGCACCUGCCGGAAGCUCGCGGUGCUGUGCCUGGAUAAGAGCCUCACCCACACCGUGCUGCUGCAGAAGGACUAUGAGGCGAGCGAGGACAAGGUGAAGCAGCUGGUGAAGGAGAUCGGCCGGGAGAUCCAGCAGCUCAACAUGGCCGGCUGCUACUGGCUGUCGGGUGCCACUAUUGAGCACGUGGCCCGCUGCCGCAGCCUGGUCAAGGUGAACCUCUCGGGCUGCCACCUGACCUCCCUGCGCCUCUCCAAGAUGCUUUCGGCCCUGCAGCACCUGCGCUCCUUGGCCAUCGACGUGAGCCCCGGCUUCGAUGCCGGCCAGCUGAGCGGCGAGUGCAAGGCCACGCUGAGCCGCGUGCGGGAGCUCAAGCAGACGCUGUACACACCAUCCUACGGUGUCGUGCCCUGCUGCACCAGCCUGGAGAAGCUGCUGCUCUACUUCGAGAUCCUCGACCGCACACGCGAGGGCGCCAUCCUCUCGGGCCAGCUGAUGGUGGGCCAGAGCAACGUGCCCCACUACCAGAACCUGCGGGUCUUCUACGCGCGCCUGGCCCCAGGCUACAUCAAUCAGGAGGUGGUGCGGCUCUACCUGGCUGUGCUCAGCGACCGCACGCCCGAGAACCUCCACGCCUUCCUCAUCUCUGUGCCUGGCAGCUUCGCCGAGAGCGGGGCCACCAAGAACCUCCUGGAUUCCAUGGCCCGCAACGUCGCGCUGGACGCCCUGCAGCUGCCCAAGUCCUGGCUCAACGGCUCGUCCCUGCUCCAGCACAUGAAGUUCAACAACCCGUUCUACUUCAGCUUCAGCCGCUGCACGCUGUCCGGAGGCCACCUGAUCCAGCGGGUGAUCAACGGCGGGAAGGAGCUCUGCAGCCUGGCGAGCCUGAACCUCAGCGGCUGUGUCCACUGCCUGUCCCCGGACUCCCUGCUCCGCAAGGCGGAGGACGAUAUCGACAGCGGCAUCCUGGAGACGCUGGUGGCGUCCUGCUGCAACCUGCGCCACCUCAACCUCUCGGCCGCCCACCACCACAGCUCUGAGGGCCCGGGCCGCCACCUCUGCCAGCUGCUGGCCCGGCUGCGCCACCUGCGCUCCCUGUCCCUGCCCGUCUGCUCCGUGGCCGACUCGGCGCCGCGGGCCGACCGCGCGCCUGCCCAGCCCGCCAUGCACGCCGUGCCCCGCGGCUUCGGCAAGAAGGUGCGCAUCGGCGUGCAGUCCUGCCCCAGCCCCUUCUCGGGGCAGGCGGGCCCUCAGCCUUCCUCCGUGUUCUGGUCUCUGCUGAAGAACGUGCCCUUUCUGGAGCGCCUCGAGCUGAUCGGGUCCAACUUCUCCUCCGCCAUGCCGCGCAACGAACCCGCCAUCCGCAACUCCCUCCCGCCCUGCAGCCGCGCGCAGAACGUCGGGGACUCGGAGGUGGCCGCCAUCGGGCAGCUGGCGUUCCUGAGGCACCUGACUCUGGCCCAGCUGCCCAGCAUCCUGACGGGCUCCGGGCUGGUCAGCAUCGGCCUGCAGUGCCAGCAGCUGCAGUCCCUCUCGCUGGCCAACCUGGGCAUGAUGGGGAAGGUGGUCUACAUGUCUGCCCUCUCGGACAUGCUGAAGCACUGCAAGCGGCUGAAGGACCUCAGGUUGGAGCAGCCCUACUUCAGCGCCAACGCCCAGUUCUUUCAGGCGCUGAGCCAGUGCUCCGCGCUGCAGCGCCUCUGCCUGGUGUCGCGCAGCGGCACGCUCCAGCCCGAGGCCGUGCUGGCCUUCAUGGCGCGCUGCCUGCACGUCGUUGUGUGCCACAUGUUCACCGGGGAGUCCCUGGCCACCUGCAAGAGCCUGCAGCAGUCCCUGCUCCGAAGUUUCCAGGCCGAGCGGCCCGCGCUGAAUGUCGUCAUCUUCCCUCUGCUCCACGAGGGCCUGACCAAUGUCAUCCGGGACGUCCCCAUGGUGCACCUGGAUGAGAUCACCUUAUUUAAAAGCAGAGUGGCUGAGGAGCCACCGAACCUGUGGUGGUGACAGGGACAGCUAGCGC